AUGUUUGAUUUCCAGGACGAAGAGCAGGACACCAUUGAACAGGAUUCUCCAAGUAACAAAGAAGAUGAAAAGGAUGAUGAAGAGACACAUCAAAAAGGUUAUCUGGAAAGGAUGUAUGGUAUACUUCGUGAUUUUUGUCGGAAACACAAAACCACCCUUCGAUACAUCAUCUGGGGCAUCUUAUUAGCAGGUUACCUGGCUAUGGUGAUCGCCGCGUGUGUGCUCAACUUUCACAGAGCCCUUCUUCUCUUCGUGAUCACCGUGGCUGCCAUCUUCUUUGUGGUCUGGGAUCACUUCAUGGCCAAAUAUGAGCCUCGAAUCGAAGAGUUCCUGUCUCCAGGCAGAAGGCUUCUGGACAGCCAUUGGUUCUGGCUGAAGUGGGUGAUUUGGAGCUCACUGGUGCUGGGAUUUAUUCUCUGGCUGACCUUUGACACCGCCAAACUGGGCCAACAGCAGCUGGUGUCCUUCGGUGGGCUCCUAACGUAUGUCAUCCUGCUGUUUCUAUUUUCCAAGCACCCAACCAAAGUUAACUGGAGGCCUGUCUUUUGGGGAAUUGGGUUACAGUUUCUUCUUGGGCUCUUAAUACUAAAGACCAACCCUGGAUUUAUGGCUUUUCAGUGGUUGGCAGAACAAGUUAAGACCUUCUUGGAGUACACGGAUGCUGGGGCUGCAUUUGUCUUUGGGGAGAACUACGCAGACCACUUCUUUGUAUUUAAGUACCUGCCAAUUGUGGUUUUCUUCCACACCGUCGUGUCCAUGCUCUUCUACCUCGGAUGGAUGCAGUGGAUCAUUAGAAAGGUUGGAUGGGUCAUGCUGGUUAUUAUUGGAUCAUCUCCUAUUGAAUCUGUAGUUGCUGCUGGCAAUAUAUUCCUCUCAUAUACGGUGGCUCCACUGCUGGUCCAACCGUAUUUACAAGACACCACCAGGUCUGAACUCCAUGCAAUCAUGACUGCUGGGUUCUCUACCAUUGCUGGAUAUGUCUUCAGCCUAUACAGUUUUUAUGGGAUUUCAUCCACCCACUUGUUAACUGCUUCACUUAUGUCAGCACCCGCGUCAUUGGCUGCGGCUAAACUCUUUUGGCCUGAGACAGAAACACCUAAAAUAACCGUGGAGAAUGCCAUGAAAAUGGAAAUUGGAGAUUCGAGGAAUCUCCUAGAAGCUGCAUCACAGGGAGCAUCCUCAUCCAUCUCCCUGGUGGCACGCAUCGCUGUGAGUCUGAUUACCUUCCUGGCCCUGUUGUCUUUUGUGGAUGCAGCCCUGUCCUGGUUUGGAAACAUGUUUGACUACCCACAACUGAGUUUCGAGAUAAUAUGCUCCUACAUCUUCAUGCCCUUUUCCUUCAUGAUGGGAGUGGACUGGCAAGACAGCUUCAUGGUUGCCAAACUCAUAGGUUAUAAAACAUUCUUUGCUUCAUUUCUGUCCUAUGAGCGCCUCUCAGAAUUGGUGUAUUUAAGGGAAGAGGCUGGACCCAAAUUUGUGAAUGGUGUGCAGCAGUAUAUGUCAAUUCGUUCUGAGACAAUUGCCACUUAUGCUCUCUGUGACUUUGCCAAUGUCCUUUCCCUAGGAAUAGCGAUCAGUGUACUCAGUAAGUGA